AUACGUAGGAUGUGAUUAUUGUCAAAUCCGGGACAAGAACUGAAAUAAAAAGGCAUGCGGCUGGAUACGGUAUGCAGGGCUGACUUCGUGCUGAAACUUUUGAUUUUAGAGCAAUCUAACACGACUUCCACUUUUUGCAAAUAUUUCUGUGACAGAUAAAGCCAAAAAAAAAGUGAUUUUAGUAAAAAUGUUUUCUUUCUUUGGUCUUGUCGAAAGUGACUAUAUUAUAGAAAUAAAAACUGGAGACACUGUUGGGGCUGGCACUAACGCCAAUGUAUGGAUCGUCCUCUACGAUGAGACUGGGAAAUCCACUUCCGCCAUCAAGUUGGACCAGACGCUAAAAAACAAUUUCGAACGUGGCUCCAAUGACGUUUUCCAAAUUAGCAAGUCUCAAACCAGCGACUUGAAGAAGGAUGGACAGAUUGCCAGAGUCGAGUUUUGGAGGGAUGACCACGGCUCUAGCAGCGACUGGUACGUGGACAAAAUAGAAGUCCAAAACAAAGCAACCAAAAGUCUCUUUGUUUUCCCGGUGUACCGCUGGGUCAAGGCCAACUACCAUUACAAGAUCAAACACUUGGAUACGUCCCUCCCCCAGCAGGAGCACGAGGAUUUGAAAGAACCGCGAAAAUACUUUCUCGAAGAGAAAAAGAAAAACUAUGUUCUGGAUCAGAAGUUUCCCAAAGAGUUUCCAAACUGUCCUAUUCAGGUGAAAGAGUUGCCUCUUGAUGAACAGUUUUCCUUCAAUGACAAAUUUAGCUUGGCAGCUUUGACACUUGGUCUUAAAGUCUCCAGCAAAAUUGUCAAUUUCACAUCUGGUGACUGGAAGAGCAUUGGAGACAUAGCCACAAUCUAUGCUCCCCCAGCGUUCCCUAAACCUGAGAGGGCUUCAUUUUGGACUGACGAUCUUUCGUUUGCAAGGCAGAGACUGGCUAGCGUGAAUCAUUCCGUCAUAAGAUUAGUGACACAUAUUCCCGACAAAUUGCCAGUGACUGAUGAUCUAGUACAACCCCUGCUAGGCGGACUGACAUUAAAAGAAGCCAUACAUCAAAAGAGGCUGUUUAUUUGUGAUUUACAGAUUCUAGAAGAUUUACCAGUUAAACAGGGUCGAGUGCUAUGUUCACCAAUAGCUCUCUUUUUUGAGGACAUGUCAGGGCAACUUAGACCUAUUGCAAUUCAACUUUUUCAGAAACCAGGGAAAGAAAAUCCAAUUUUCACUCCUUUAUGUCCCUCUUUAACAUGGGCAUUGGUCAAGAUGUGGUACAACAAUGCAGAUAGUGCUCACCAUCAAGCCUUAACACAUCUAGGUUUCACCCAUUUACUAAUUGAAUCAUUUUCCUUGGCAACUCAACGCCAUCUGUCACAUUCUCAUCCAGUUUAUAAAAUCCUAGCACCACACUUUCUAAAUUUGGUUGCUAUCAACAACCUUGCUGUGUCUGAACUAGUCAGUGAUGGUGGCUGGGUCGACAAAACUAUGAACUAUGGCAACAAAGGAAUGUAUGCUCUGGUAGUUAAAGGAUACAAAGACUGGAGACUGGAUAUUGAUGGAACUCUACCUGAAGAGCUGAAGAGAAGGGGACUUGAUGACUUCAAUGUUUUGCCAGGAUACCACUUCAGAGAUGAUGCCAUUCUGCUAUAUAAUGCUAUUAACAAAUAUGUCCAUGACUACCUGAAGCUGUAUUACACUACACCUGAAUUGAUCAAUACUGAUCAUGAACUUCAAAACUGGGCUCAAGAAUUGGUAAAAGAAAGAAAUUUUGCACAAGGUGGAAUGGGAAUAAAGGGAAUUCCUGGCAAUGGAACUAUCAGUUAUGUGGAACAACUGCAACAGAUUGUGACAAGUAUUAUCUUCAUCUCUAGUGUUGCACAUGCUGCUACCAAUUUCCCACAGUAUGAAGAAUAUGCUUUUCCUCCAAACUAUCCUGCAACUCUGUUAGGAAAGCCACCAACAGAUGCUAAAGCAGUUAUCUCUGAGGAAGACAUUCUGAAAUCUCUGCCCAACAAAGAGAUGACACUUGAGAUUAUGACUAUGACUAAAAUAUUGAGCACUAAAGGAACAAAGAGUCUUGGUGACUUUGAAGUCCAGUAUAUUGUUGAUCCUAAGGCACUCGCUGUAGUGGAGGGAUUCAAAAAGGAUGUUGCAGACAUCAGUCAGACCAUCAAAGCAAGAAAUAAAGAAAGAGUCCCUAAAUAUAAAUAUUUGGAUCCAGAAUUCAUUCCUAAUAGCAUCAGCAUCUAAGGCAGAUAAGUUGAUGGUAACAUUUUGAAUAAAUAACUUGUAAAAGUGUUACAGUUUUUUUUCUUUUGUGGGCAUGACAGUUUAAUGCCUUUUUUUGAUGAAUGUAUAGCUUAUGCCUUAUAGGAUUUCAAUUUUUUUAAAAUUCAUAUUCAAAUAGAUAUGAUUUUUAUUUUCAAAAUUUUGUUGGCUCUGAUUUACUUACUUUUGUUAUGAUUAAAUAUGAUGUCUACUCAUGCCUGAUGCUCUACCAGAUCUCAUGCAACCUCAUUCAUGAGUAUCAUGUAAUAGAUUGCAUCUAUGUUCAUAGACAUUUACAAAAUGUAUGUAUGAGUAAUAAAUGAUAAAUUGUGCAUGAGUUGUGCUGCUAUUGCUACCUGCCUAAGUGAAUGACAUCAAUAGUCUGACUUACAAAAACAAGUAAUAAAGUUUAAACCAAAAAAAAAAACCUAUUUUUUUUAAAGAACUAUUUCUCCUUUGAACAAAUUAUAGAGCAAUUAUUUUGCUCUUAAUAACUAAUGAAUGUUAGGUUUAACAAACCCCAAAUACUCCAGAUUAUGCCCAUGCAUAAAUCUACUCGAGUAUAGAAGAUUCUGAAUUGAUGAUAUAAAUCCAGACCUAACAUUAAAAGACAGUAGGCUAGACUCGAAUAUUGGAUCUAUAGUUAGAGAUAAAAUAUUUAUAUUGUGAAUUGAAAAUUUGUACAAGUAUAUUUUGUACAAAUAUACACAUGUAUAUAUAGUCACAAAUUAAUUCUAGCAGUUCAGCCAUGAUGAUUUUUACACAAGACAGUGUGCAAAAUGUUUCUGAAC